CCACCAUUUCCUGAAACCAUCUUCUCUAUUAUAUCUCCUUCUCUCCUCAAUGUAUAGUAAUAACCAAUAUUGCAUCUCCGGCGACGAAGACUCCGUAGUCCUCCGCCUUGGACCUCCUGGUCAACAAUACCCUAACCAUCACAAACCCACCAGCACUAAACCUUCUUCGAAUCAUGAAAGCUAUCAUGAUCUCCCUUUAACAAACCCUAAUGAAGUCACCGUAGCUCUUCAUAUCGGACCUCCGGUUUCCGAAAAAGAUACCAGCGGGGACACCCACGAGGGUUUGACGGCGAGGCAGGGACAGUAUUGGAUUCCUUCUCUUUCUCAGAUCCUUGUUGGUCCCACUCAGUUCUCUUGUUCUGUCUGUAACAAAACUUUCAACCGCUUCAAUAACAUGCAGAUGCAUAUGUGGGGUCAUGGUUCGCAAUACCGAAAGGGUCCAGAGUCUCUGAGAGGGACGAAAUCAUCAUCUUCGAUACUAAGGCUGCCAUGCUACUGUUGCGCAGAAGGUUGUAAAAAUAACAUAGACCAUCCAAGAGCAAAGCCUCUCAAAGACUUUAGAACGCUCCAAACGCAUUACAAGCGAAAGCACGGAGCGAAACCUUUUCGCUGCCGCAAAAAGUGCGAGAAGACGUUUGCGGUGAGAGGCGAUUGGAGAACGCACGAGAAGAACUGUGGGAAGGUGUGGUUUUGCGUUUGCGGAUCGGAUUUUAAGCAUAAGAGGUCUCUCAAAGAUCACGUUAGGGCUUUUGGCGAUGGUCAUGCGGCUCACACUGUAGGUGAUCGUGUUGUAUCACUUGGAGAUGGAGAAGAAGAAGAUGAUGAUGACGAUUAUAUGGAGGACGAAGAUGAACGAGGCGAUGAUGAUGAAGAAGAAGAAAAUGGUAAUGGAGAAAGUGGUCGUGGAGAGAAGAACUGUGGGAUUAGAUAUGAACAAUUUCGCCGUUAUGGUCAAAUCUCUAAUGAUAAUUACUAAUUAAGUGGCCAAUUUAAUUAUGAUCGAUGGGUUUUAUGUAGGGCUUAUUUUAAGUUAGGAGUGGUAGUAUAUUAUAUACCUCUUCAUUACGUUAGCGAACUUAAAAGUACCUUUUUAUUAUGAG